AUGGCGAAGCCUCUCAUCGUCAAUGCUCGAGGCAAGCACACCGCCAGUGUCAUCUUCAGUCACGGUCUCGGCGACUCUGCAGAGGGUUGGUCGUUUCUCGCGCAAGAGCUGGGCAGCAAACUGCCUCACAUCCGAUGGAUCUUCACCAAUGCGCCCAUCCAGCCCGUGACACUCAACUUUGGUCAGAGCAUGCCCAGCUGGUAUGAUAUCAAGUCACUCUCGCCGGAUGUGAGAGAAUCGACGGGCACGCAAAAGCCUAGCGACGAGGACGAGAGAGGCAUGCUUCAGUCUGUCUCCCACAUCAACUCGCUCGUCACUCAAGAAGUCGACGCUGGGGUUCCUUCGAAUAGAAUUGUCUGCGGCGGUUUCUCGCAAGGCGGCGUCAUCUCUGUGCUGACUAUGCUCACAUCUGAGCGCAAGCUCGCCGGCUUAUGCGCCCUCUCUUGCUAUUUGCCGCUCCGAUAUAAAGUCAAAUCGAUGAUGACAGAUCAUGCGCGGAGCACGCCUGUGUUUUGGGGGCAUGGAACUGCUGAUCCAGUCGUCCGGUACUCUUGGGGUUCAGCUAGCGUAGACUACCUCAGAGAUCAGCUCAAGCUCAAGCACAUCCAAUUUGAGAGCUAUCCAGGCAUGGCGCAUUCUGCUAACCCCAAAGAGCUGAAGGAUGUCUACGAGUGGCUGCAAAGAGUCGUGCCAGCAGAAGGAGAUGCCAAAUUCUGA